ACACAUAUACGGUCAUCCUCACGUUUUCACCUUGAGUACGAGUUUCUAGAGAUUAUGGAGAUUUGCGAGCAGUCCGAGAUAUUCGUCGAAGAAGGCGAUGACUAUGUCUUUGAUCACACAAAAUUCAUUCUCCAAGAGAAAGAGAAAGGCAGUUACUUUUACUCCGAAACUAAGGAUCGUCUUUAUCCUUCGGUCCCAAUUGACAUCAAUAAGUUACGGCCAAUACCUAUGCGAGAUUUUUGGCCGCCCUUUGACCGAUCCUUAACGCGAGCCCCAGAUCCGCUACCUGGGAAUCAUUAUAUAAAGCGACCAAGUCUUUUGUACUACAGGGAUGGGCAAGCCCAAGAUCUCAGCAAUCAGAUUCUUGACGAAGCAAAAGUAUGCGAGAUUCUACGGAAUAACCCACAUCCCAAUAUCGCCGAAUAUUUGGGAUGCAUUGAGAAAAAUGGUAGAAUAAAAGGCCUAUGCUUUGUUAAAUACUCGAUGGAUCUCAUACAGAGGGUGGAGACCGGGAGACCUCUCGAUUCGGAUUACUACCUCCAAAGCAUUGAGAGUGGAAUACGCCACUUGCACGCAUUGGGCCUCAUUCACAAUGAUAUUAACCCAAGAAAUAUUAUGGUCGGUGAAGAUGAUAGACCUAUUAUCAUUGAUUUUGAUUCAUGCAAACAAGAGGGAGAAGAACUUGGGAAAUCGGGCACUCCUGGGUGGGCAAUCGAAAACGCACAACACGCUAGACAGGAGAACGAUUUUUUCAGCUUUUGCAUGAUUAAGAAGUACCUAUUGGACAAUUGUACCUAGAAUAUGAAUGGUGGUAUUUGGUUAUGACCGAUUAUUCCAGGCACCAUUGUGGACGUCUGUUGAGAGUCUUGAAUGCUCCGAAAUUCCAAGUAGUCACCUGAUACCUUCCUCCAAUGAUUGAAUCCAGCCAUCGCAAUCUUAGCAAGUCAUUCGAGAUUGGUGGGUAGCAGUUAAUCCUGGAGAUCUGAGAUCUUCGACAGUUGGAUGAGAACACGUCUUGCUCUUUGUUUGCGUAGGAUUUUCGAUAUCAGCUGUAGAACAGGAUGGGGACAGAAUAUGCAGUGAGACCAAGUACAUGUAGAGCCUCCGAGGGUGUCUACAAAGGCAAGAGAACUUUAGGUGUAAGAGGAUUUUUCGCAAAAAAAAUUGUGCGAGAAAUCCUCACCCGCAAAUGGCUCCCCAUGGAUCCAAAAAUGGUUCUUCACCCAAACGAAAUGUGCUCAAGAAGGUAGCGCUGACGGAAUCGGAGCGUUUGUUUGGGCUUUUAUCCCAGACCCUGGUGACUCGUUUCCGUUUUUCUUAAUCCCGGUGAUUUGAUAUCAACAUAAACAAUGAGCUCUUUG